AUGGCCGCAACUUUGGAGCCAGACGGCUGCCUUGAGCGUUACGGAGAAUUGUUGGAAGGUAACGAUGAUGAUCUGAGGGGUGCGGUCAGCUGGCUGGUGUUGUGCGUCUCUGAAUCGGCUUUGCGCUUUGCCCUGGCUCAAAUACCGAUAGAAGCCGUCAAGCAACUCAGUGAGCCAAGUCAGCCGCUCUUGUCCUUUUUGCGGGCCAAGGUCUACACUUCUGGUGAUUGGCGAGAAAAAGCCAAGCACAUCAAACAAUGGCCCAAGCAGAUUGGACAGCGAGUGCAAUCCACCCCAGAUGGCCAGCUGACCAGCGAAGAUGCUGCACGGCUGAUCCAGGGGCUGACCGCUGCGCUCUUCUUACCACACAGUCACAAUGAUCUGCGGCGCGCCGUCUUGAGGUCCACAACAGAGCAUGCUGAGGGCGUGCUCCGGCUAGCGCAGCGUGGGGCAGCCGUCGUUUGGCAAUGCUUGCAAAAUGUACACGAGCAUUACGACUGUGGCAAAACCAUGGCGGUUUCUCUCUGCUUGUUUUGGGCCCUCGGCGCCGCCAUGGACUCCCAGCAGGAUGGUCAAAAUGCCCAUGCAAGCACAUCAACCCUGUCUACCUGGCUUCUCGACAACGGUGCCGUGGAAAAGAUCCUCGAGUUGGUGUGGUCCAGCUGGGAUGCAACCAAUGACAAGGUGGGCCACCAGAGCCGCUCACUCUUCGGUAAGGGUUUGGCCGCCUUAGAGCUGCUCUACCCAUCCCCGCCCAUCAGCGACGCCACAGCUGCUCGCGAUGUGGACGCUGCGCCCAUACCCCAUUACUACCACGGCAUGUUGCAACGCUGCUUGAACAUGCGCGCCGAUAACAAAAGCAAAUACGCUUGUCUCCAGCUAUUGGUCGAACGGCUCGAGGUGCGCCAGGUUCUCCAGCUCUAUGAAAGGCUACCCCAGCAACUGUUCGAGGCCACUUCAGACUUGGUAUCAUCACUGAUACGGGGCUACGGGCACAGCAUGAUCGCGAAGAUUCUCCUGCUCUUGGUGAUGAAGAUAAUGGCUCUUUUGCGGCAGACCUCGCCCUCGUCUCUUUUGAUACGCUCAAGGUUAAACGAGCUUUUGCUAGAACUGGCUGCUGCUGCACCCAACUCGGCAACGCGGCGCAGCGCCGGGGUGCCGCAAUUGGCCAUGGAUGUCCUGAGCACUGCACCAAAAGCACGACGCUCGACGACCACGGUGCACUUUUUGCAACAGUUACUCAGCCUGGCAGAACACAGUCUAGCACUCAACGAUGUCGCACGGAGUGGCACGCAGUUUUUGCAAUCCAGCCCUGAGGCCGGUGUAGUGCACGCCCUAAACACCUUGCGCGUUAUCAUGUGUUCGGUUGCUCUCGGCCCAGAAGUGGGAGAAUGCCUAGACCAUGCGUGGGCCUUGGCAUUGCAGAGCAGUAAAAGCCACUACAACUUUGGCAUUCGCAAUGCCGCUUCCCUACUUUUUGCGAGUCUGCACAACCGCGUUUUUGGCGUGAAGACAAAUUCUGGCGGUGCUGAUCAUCAUGGCGCCUCGGCCUUGAGAGGGGCACUACCAGAGCUGGCGGGCGUGACCAUGACGCAUCGUGAUUUUGCCAAGAAGUAUCCUCGCACCCAAGCAGUGGUAUGGACAACGCUGAAAACCGCCGCGCAGCUUUUAACGGAGCAGGCAUCUUCCGCGUCGAGUGUAGGACAGAGCAUUGAUUCGCCCAAGCUGCAAAUCGCAGGCCUCGAUCGUGAAGUGACCGUAUUGCACCUUGGGCUUUGUAUCUGUGUUCACCUGCGGAGUCCAAAAGGUUUGCUACCGGAGGACACUCCGAUGUUGGAUUGGUUUCUGCAGCUGCUUGCUGCACCCGAUUUCCGUAUUCGCCAAAAGGCCAGCGAGAGCCUCGUGCAAGCGACCGGGCACUCAAGCACGACAGCUGGUGCACUGGAUGUGCUUGAGCCCAUCGCACGGGCCCCACGGUCUGUUGGACCAAACCUGCUGCACGGCAUAGCUCACGCGCUCAUGCGCCUCGGGCCCCGGCUGCAGGAAGCUGGAACAGCUUCUCUUGAGCCUCUUUCAACACGCCUCAGGACUUUGUUGGAGCGAUGCUCCGCCGAAAUGGAACGUUGUCCACGCCUAGCCGUUGCUUUGUAUCGUCCGUGCGCCGCCAUCCUGCCUUUGUUGGCGGGUGAAGAUGCGCAGCGACUCAAUGUUCGGGGGCUCUUGGCAACUGAACGACUUCUCUUGUGUGCAUCGCGCCACUGGGAAGGCGUGUCUGCAGGCACUGCGAGCGAGUGGAGUGAAGCCUUGAAUGCCGCUCUGUGUCAGCCGGAUUUGGCACGACUAUCCGCGAGCAGUGCCACUCUGUUGCCGCGUUUGAGUGCCGCGUACCAGCUCUGCACCGAUCAUGCCGCGCGUCUGCGCUUGCUAGCUGGCGUGCUGCAGCUGCUGCGCACAUGUCUCGUGCACGACGAGCUACCAACUGCUUGGCUAGCUGCGCUGAGGGGUCUCUUGACAAGCGCAGAGACCCUCGUGUUUGAGGUCAUGUGGCUGAAUUUUGUGCAGGACGUGUGGUCAAGAGCUGCCUUGGCGCUUCGAGUUCACAUGUGCGAGGUGUGGGCUACCGUGAUUCGGCAAGGUGGCAGCUCUGUAUCUGAUCUUUUCACCCACCUUGAAGCCUUUACAGCUGCUCUACACCGCGAAGACGUUGGGCGAGCCAUGGCACAGGUGUUGGCAUCCACGGCAAAGCCUUUGCUAGAUCAGCCCGCAAGUCGACAGACCACGCUGCUGCGUCUGGCCGUAUUGCUGCAUCACGAUGAAGACGACGUGCGCCGAACAAUUCAGGACGUGAUUGCACAGCUGGUGGGUGCACCCUACCAUUUGAACCAUAGCGCCGGCUUGGCAGCCUGGGUCUCCCUCUGUGGUCGUUACGAGGAGGACGCGCGGGCAUUGUCGUGGCAAACGGUCCUGGAGGGUCGGCGAUCAAUUGCGGUCUUGGAUCGGACCGCUGCCCAGCGAGAGCCACGAGAAGCGGCGACAGGUGACAACGCCGAUGCACCUGAGCAGGGUAACCAGUCGGCGCCUGGCACUGACCCGGAGUUGCGCGAUGAUUGCUUGUUUGACGUCAAUGAGGCCUUGGUAUUGGUUGAACCACGGCAACUGAUUCGCUUGGUGACAUUGGAACCGGUCAAUGGCGCCAUCUUGCCUGACUUGCCUGACAUGCCGGCCGAGCUGGUGGAGGAACUUGUUGCCGAGGCCCACCGACUCCCGAAGCCAGUGGACGCCGAUUCUGGUACGCGAGCAGCGCUCAACUUUGUGGCGGCACUCGCAGCAGAUUUGAAAUUGUGUGCGCGAGACGAGCGCAUCGCCACAGUCGUGGCCAAUUGGCGUGCGCACGUGACUUUUGUGUAGG